AUGCGCGCCAAAGCUCUCUGCAACGUGAUCAUCUACUCCGCCGCCGUACUGUAUGCUGCCGCCCACUGUGUCAUCGUGGACACGGCCGGCUCCGCAAGCAAGGCUCGCGGUUACGGGAUGGGCGCAGACCUCGGCGCCCGCAGAGACGGCAGCGGCACGGCGUUCCAGAGGGACACCACGGUCUUUUCACAGACCAGUCUCUCUGCAGCCAAGGGCUGCGGCAAGACACACAUGCAGGCCGACCGGAAGGUUCGCGGGGCGCCGGGCUACGACCCCGUGCUCGCUGAGCUAAACAACGACAUCGCGGCGAGCAUAGAGAAGAUGGCGACCCAGGGAGCUAUUCCGGCAGCCUACCCCGGCACUCUGGUGAACAUUACGUUCCACCAAGUCAAUCAGGACGGCGCAGGACCGUUUCGGUGCGCCCUUGACGAAGCUGCAACCGGUGUGAGGUUCGCGCCAGACGCCCUCAAGAUCACGAACCAGGUCCCGGGCGUCAAGGGCGUGAAUGGAGCGGCCAUGCUCGACGCCAUGUUGUAA